AUGGAUCCUUCAAAGAUAAGAAAGAAAAUCCGUCGCUUUCGAAUCCUCAUCAUAGGGAGAAGGAAUGCAGGAAAAACUACCAUCCUUCGAAGAGUUUGCAACACACGGGACAACCCAAUAAUAUAUAACAGCGCCGGGAAAAAGAUCGAUCUUGCAACCAUAACGGCAUCCAGAGAGCGCGGAGAGCACGAUAUCGACAAUGAAUUGGUGUUUGAAAGCAACCCAGGAUUUAUCUUUCAUGAUUCAUGCGGUUUUGAGGCGGGCAGCGCAACCGAAUUCGACAAGGUCAAGGAAUUUAUCACCAGCCGUUCAAAGAAAACCAAACUAAGCGAUCAACUACACGCUAUCUGGUACUGCAUCCCGAUGGAUGACGCACACAGGUCGUUCACCGAAGGUGAAAAGAAAUUUUUCUCUCAGUGCGACACAGGAACCGUUCCAGUGAUCGUACUGUUCACAAAGUUCGAUGCCUUCUACGACGUGGCAUACGCAGAGCUGAAGAAGAAAGGAAAAUCGCUAAAGGACGCCGAAAAACUGGCCUCAAAACACGCCGACGAGUUAUUUGCUAACGGGCCACAAUUGGAGUUUCUCAAGAACGUCCGAUGGCCUCCAAAAUGUCAUGUCUGCCUUCCUAACAUGAACAACGAUGAUGCAGAUUGCGGACCACUAAUGGAACGCACGGCUGGAACUCUGGGUACCAAUGAAGUGCUAGAGCAGUUGUUCGUUUCGACCCAGCAGAGCAACUUGGAGCUCUGCGUGAAAUAUGCAGUUGACAGGUAA